CGUCUACGAAGAUGGAAGUCCGAGCGUAGAGUCGCCGCGAAUUUGUCGGCCGCCUCAGUCGCGUUCGGCGCGUCGUACGAGCAAGUGCGUUCUCGUUCGUUCUCACCCUGUUUCCGUAACCCUCGCAGUUUUUCUCUCGAUCCUCUUCCGUUUCCUCCUUCUCGAUCUACAUCGUCGAAGCUUUAUCUUUUUCCCCGCGAUCUUUACACAGUCGCCGAUCGAAACGAAACGGCAAUCCGCGAAACAACGUAACCAGAAGGAUAAUCAAAAAUGAAUCACAUUUAAAGGAUCGACAUAAGGAUUUUCGUCGAAGGCGACGGUAUUGAGAAGAAUGUGCGAGAAUCACGUUGUCGAGUAAUCGGAAAUCCAGUGGUCGAGAUAGAAAUCGGUCGUCGGACGUAAACCAAAGAGGGCAACGAGAUGAAGUCAUCGGACGCUUAGCCAGAGAUCGGCUGGAAGCCAUGAAUUUUUCGUUGCGGCUUCGUCGAGUAAAAACUUGAAUCGCGAAUAAAAUCGCGGUGAAGAGGAACAGCAGCACGAUCGCAAAGCGUUCGCGAACGACAUGUCCGAGGAAGAAACGGCAGAACGGGCCGAUCGUAAUAAAACGUUCGAGAUAGACAGACCGAUUCAGGGGAAUCGUACGGGGGACCUGCCGGAAUUCUUCAACGUCACUUCGCUCGAUGUCAACGAAACGAACGAGAUCGACUCAUUCUACUUCUACGAGACGGAACAAUUCACGGUCUUGUGGCUGCUGUUCGCGAUGAUAGUCGUCGGGAAUAUCGCGGUGCUAAUUGGCCUGCAGUGGGGCAAACGGCGUAAGACGCGCAUGGAUUUUUUUAUCAAACAGCUAGCGUUUGCGGAUUUAUUGGUAGGCCUGAUAUCCGUGCUAACGGAUAUAAUUUGGAGAACGACGGUGACCUGGCACGCGGGCAACGUUGCCUGCAAAUUGAUAAGGUUCAUGCAAGCCGUCGUUACGUACAGUUCUACAUACGUACUUGUCGCAUUGUCGAUCGACAGAUAUGACGCCAUUACCAGACCCAUGAAUUUCACCGGCAGGUGGUGGAGAGCCAGGGCUCUGGUGGUAGCUGCUUGGGGCUUGUCGGCAUUGUUUAGCGUGCCGAUUAUUUUCCUGUACGAGGAAAAACGCAUACAGGGGAAGACACAAUGCUGGAUAGAUCUGGGAUCUCCUAUGCAAUGGAGGAUCUACAUGAGCCUGGUCAGCUUUACCCUCUUUAUAGCCCCUACUCUGAUAAUAGGAGGCUGUUAUGCUGUGAUCGUAGCUACUAUAUGGUCGCAAGGAGGGGCAUUACGUCAGGGACCUACUCGAGACACCAGGAGAGCAUCGUCCCGAGGACUCAUUCCCAGGGCUAAAGUUAAGACGGUCAAAAUGACUCUCGUUAUAGUGUUCGUAUUCAUUCUUUGUUGGAGCCCGUACAUAGUGUUCGAUCUGCUGCAAGUUUACGGAUAUGUGCCAGAGACUCAGACUAACAUCGCCGUGGCCACUUUCAUUCAAAGUUUAACACCUCUGAAUUCUGCGGCGAAUCCGAUUAUAUACUGUCUCUUCAGCACGUCGUUUUGUAAAACCGUACGGAACAUACAGGCGAUCUCGUGGGUUUCUGGAUGGUGUGCGACGAAUCCCCAUCAUUGUUUCGGCACCGGUGCUCCGAACAGCAGCACCAGAACAACAGUAACGACGUCGUUGACGGCCCAGUCUUCGAGAAGAAGCGGGCACAUCGCCAUGCUACACUCCACCACCAGAAAACGUGUUAUGGUGUCUCUGGUUUAAGGAACGAACGAUAGGAACUGCAUCUGGAAUUCAUAUUAGAUAUACGUAGAAUUCUUCCGCCUAACAGCUCCUGUUGAGCUUCGACAAAGAGACCACAAGUAUUACGAGUCUCCGAAAUUAUGUUCGAUACUUCGUCUACAUUUCUCGAAUCACGACACACGAAUCUUUGAAUCAUCAUAGAACUUUUUCUUAUCUUCUCUUCGAUUCCUUAUCUCUUCUUCAUCGAGAAUUCGAGGGAAUACGAAAUGAAAUUGGGACUCGUUGUUGUAAUACAAAGUACCGAUUUACGUGUUAUGUAAUGAAUAUUAGAAUCAUAAUUUAGGAGACCGCGGAGAAAUGUGAAUAAAAUAAGUUUCUUAUUCCCGCAUUUACGUGAUCAGUAUUUUAGGCGAGAUCGUGCACGGUCCUCAUAUUUUUCAUCCUCUAAGUGAAACGUAACGUCUUAUUAAUGAAACUUUCGAAACGUCAAAGUUGUUCCGAAUUGCGAUAUUUGUACAAGAAAUUUACCGACGGCGGCAAACGAAAGCCGAAUAGCGAGAUACGGCUCUACGACCGACCAGGAAUAUCAUUUCGUUAAAUAAACUCCGAUUUAAUGAAGCCGUUCGCCAAGUUUCAGGAGGAUGAAAGGAACAUUAACCUGGCAAUUGAUCAGCCUAUGUGGAAAAUGAUACGCUCAAAGUAUACAUGUACAUAUAUACAUAAGGAACGAACGGCAGCUUCAUGUGUAUAUACGUAUGCACGUUUUACAGUCGCGCACGCACACACGUAUACAUAUUUGCACGCAGGCUAGAUACAUACCUACACACGUGAAGCCAUAAAUGUGUAAUAUAUUCAUGUGUUCCAUCCGUUCGCGAUCGACGCGAAAACGCUCAACGCUUGAGGUGGACUAUUUUGUUAGCGAUCUAUAGGAACGAUAAAUCGCUACCAGCAAAACAAUUCCUCGUAUCGAUUCGCAUCUCUACGAACAACACAGUUGUGCAACAAAUUCAUCUUUGUACCUUCGAGCGAUCGCGAGCUUCUCUAUCGUGAACACUCUAUCAAGCACUGAAAUGUAACUGCUGCAAUGAAAACAGCUUCGUUCGAACAUGCGAAAAGAAUUACCGUCCAUGAAUCGGAACGGGAAGAUUUAAUUGUUUAAUCGACCACUUGAACUUUCUUACUAUGUAUUGUGUUACAAGAUCGAAGAGCCCUUUUAUAACGCAGUUAGAUGUUACGAACAUGCUACGUUUAGAUAACAGUAGAUGAAGCUGUAUUCGUAAUUCGUCUAUUCGUUAUUUAUUGUACUCUAUUGAGAAAAGAAGGAACAAGAAUAAGAAAUAAGUUAUGGAAGAUAACGCGUCGCUACGUCUUCUUACGAUAUGAAUAUUUUCACUGUGCACAAAGUUUGUACAUACCGUCGAAUAAACUCGUGCA